AUGGCUCUCGCCUCAUGCUUGGUGGCGCCCUUCAUCGGGCUCUCGCCGCUGGCGCUGCAGAGGCCGCGGACGAUCGCCGCGCUCGUCGUGCGGGAGCACCGCAGGUCGUGCGGCACGCUCCUGGCUGCCGACCAGGGCGCCGAGCGGGUGGUGCGCGUCAGCGUGCGCAACAGUCAGCUCCUCGCGUCGACGGCAACGGCCAAGAAGGUGCAGACUGAGGAUCCGUCGGCCCUCAACAUCAACCUUGGUGGAGUGCAGAUCUGGCCGAAGCCGCAGGGCUCCGUCAUCGGCCUCUUCGUGCUGAUGCUCGCGCUCGUGCGCAAGGCCAUCAUCAAGGGCGGCUUCCGUAAGGCCUUCCUCGAAAUGGCCGACUCGCGCUACCUCGCCUCGAGCAAGCAGGAGGAGGCGGAACUGCACGAGUUCCAGUGCGAGAAGCACGCAUAG